AACAACAACUCGGUCGCGAAUAUUAUUUGGACGCAACUACUGAUUAUUUCAAUUUGAUUUCGGCGAAUUCAAACUUCCCGAUGAGCGGCCAUAUUGUUUUACUCUCUCUGUUCCUCUGGCGGGGACCGUCGAAUGUGUUGUCGAACGUACGUAUUUAUCUAUGACAAGGGUUGAGUCAGUUCCGUAAGUGCACCACAGAGGAGUGGUGAUUCCAUUCACUGAAACCGCAAAUCAUGGCGUCCGCGAAGAGAAAGCAAGAUGAAAAGAACCUGAAGAUAUUACGCGAGCUGGUCUCGCAGCCGGGAAACAAGGAAUGUUUUGACUGCGGCCAACGUGGACCGACCUACGUCAACAUGACAAUAGGUUCCUUCGUCUGUACCUCUUGCUCUGGUAUGCUGAGAGGGCUGACUCCCCCGCAUAGAGUGAAAUCUAUUUCUAUGGCAACAUUUACUCAGGAAGAGAUAGAUCUGAUAAAGGAGAGAGGAAAUGAAUACUGUAGGAGAAUAUGGUUGGGUUUAAUGGAUCCAAAUUCUCCACACAACGUAGAUCUUAAGGAUGAACAAAAAAUGAAAGAUCUAAUGACUGCAAAAUAUGAGCUUAAGAGAUUUUAUCUAGAUCCGUCCUUGUCACCACCAAGUCAGACAACGAGCCAAAAAUCAACGCCGUCGUCGAACACUCGAACAAAUCAAACAAGCAUUCCUAGGGUUCCACUUUCUGGAACAUCAACAACAUUAUCGAUGCCAAUUCAAAAAGCUAAGAAUCCGGAACCAAUUGACGCGAAUGCUUUCACUCCAGAUUUUGUAGCCGAUUUCAGUAAGGUUCCUGAUCCAUUCCUUGCUGCUACUCCGACGUCAAAUUUUGGACAGCCAUUCAUACCUCAGCCAUCCUUUGCAAAUUUCGACAAUAAUCCUGUCUUCAAUUCUGUGAAAGGUACAGAGACGACAAUGUUAACGAACCAGACAGCUGGGACAUUUACAGCAACCUUCAACGGUACUACGCUACCACCAUCAGAAGAUCGUUAUGCGGCUUUGAAAGACUUAGAUUCCUUAAUGAAACAAGCACACUUAAAGGAGGAUACCCCGAAGACUCUAUCGACAUCUGCAUGGGAUCUGAAUAAUUCAAAUGCAUCCAACACUAUUUGGAGUGGGAACAAUCCGUCCAAUCACGUAAUCUCAAAUCCGUUUACUGGAGAAGAUCUAUGGCGACCAUCGGUCAAUUUUGUCAACAACAAUAUGCAAUCCAUGGACAGUUCUUUGUGCAAUUCUGCUAAUCCGUUCAGGCCAAUGCAAUUUCCAGUGAACAAUGAUCAUUCACAAUGGACGAGCUCACCCAGCAAUGGAGAUAUUAUUCCAUCUAGUCAGCUUAUGCCGACACUUUCUAAUAAAGUAUGGCAACCCUCUGUCACGGCAUACCAAGCAAAUCCAUUUAUGGUGGGUUCGGGAGUAAGCAACAUGGUGAGAAACACGAACAAUCCUUUCUUAUGAUUAAGUACACAUAAAUUCCUAAUCGACUUACGAACAAAUAAUUCAGCCCUAAAAUACGUAUAGCUUAGCAGAAUUGUUUAUAUACAUGACCUUAUUGGCAGGUAGUGCCAUUAACUUUAUUCUUAAGAGCACUCUUAUUCAUAUAACGAAAGUAAUACUUUAUUUAUGAAUAUAAUAUACACGUUGAAUAAAGAUUAAUGUUUGUUACUAAUCAUA